AGGCUGAGGGUCUCAGCAGUCUAAACCUUCUGCAUGCCUCAGUGUUCUAACACCACAUUUUCCAGAAACGGGUUCACUCUCAGAAACAGGCUUUUGUUCCACAUUCUCUCUGCUGCCUCAUAAAGACCACCCUCUGCUCAGUCCAAGCCCCCUUCCACCUCCUCUUCCUCCUCCUCUUCCUCCGCCAGGGACCAGGGAGGUUUUCAGCACUUGCCACGGCGGCUCACAGUGGACAUCACCACAAACACUCACUGACUCCUUUGCAUCACUCAGACACUUGACAGAAACCACAGCUGACAGCCAAUCUCAGCGUCCACUAGAGACACAGAGACAGCGGGAAAGUGAUACAAGAGAAGCAAAGAGGAAGUCUUCUGUGGAUUAUCUCUGAUAUAAUUCAGAUUUUCAGCCUUCAAUCCAAGCAGGCUUUUUCAGUUAGUCUAAAACAAAACCAGCAGCAUGGAAGAAGACCUGGACGAGGGGCAGACCCAGAAAGGAUGCUUGGAGUGUUGCAUCAAAUGCCUGGGCGGCAUCCCGUACCCGUCCCUGGUAGCUACCAUCCUGCUGUAUGCGGGCGUGGCCCUGUUCUGCGGCUGCGGGCAUGAAGCCUUGUCGGGCACCGUCACCAUCCUCCAGAACUACUUUGAGGUUGUGAGGAGCCCAGUGGAUGCGCUGGACGUCUUCACCAUGAUUGACAUAAUCAAAUAUGUGAUCUAUGGCAUUGCUUCGGCUUUCUUCGUCUACGGCAUCCUGCUGAUGGUGGAGGGAUUCUUCACCAGCGGAGCCAUUAAGGAUCUGUAUGGAGACUUCAAGAUCACCACCUGUGGACGCUGUGUCAGCGCUUGGUUCAUCAUGCUGACUUACAUCUUCAUGCUGGCCUGGCUGGGAGUGACAGCUUUCACCUCCAUUCCGGUCUUUAUAUAUUUCAACAUCUGGAAUAUUUGCCAAAACGACACUUUGCUGGAGGGGGCUUCGCUGUGCCUCGACCCUCGUCAAUACGGCAUUGUUCCGCUUGCUGAAGCAAAGACUGUGUGUGCUGGAUCAGAGAAGUUCUACAGGAUGUGUGCAUCUACUGAGCUGGAUAUGACGUUCCACCUCUUCAUCUGUGCCCUCGCUGGAGCAGGAGCCGCUGUUAUUGCAAUGAUCCACUACUUGAUGGUUCUGUCUGCCAAUUGGGCCUACGUGAAGGACGCCUGCCGCAUGCAGAAGUAUGAGGACAUCAAGUCCAAAGAGGAGCAGGAGCUUCAUGACAUCCACUCCACUCGCUCCAAGGAGCGCCUCAACGCGUACACAUAGAGUCCAGUGCGAGGCCUGGCCCUGCCACUCCGGCCUCUCUCCCCCCCACCUCUCCUCUUGCUUUCUCUCUGUCUCUCUCUACCAUCCCCUCCCGAGGGGGGCGGAUGGCGCCUAGGGCCCUCGGCACUGCUGAUGUAACUGGUGCGUCAUGUGACAAUGUGGUCUGGGGGUGCUUCUCACGAAGCUCCUUCGUCACAAGCAGCAUCUUAAAUGGAAAAAAAAGCCCCUUUACCUCUCUCGUGGAUGGGUUUUUCUAAUCAUCGUCAUGGCAGUUGUAUUAUUCUUGAAUACGAGUCGUUUAGUGCUGAUUGUAGUUUUAGUGUAGUUUGUAGAAUCAGAAGUAGCAGUACUAUUUCAGCUUUUUUAAGUUUUAUUAGAGUUUGUGUAUAAAUCUUGUUUUUAUUUGGUAAUUUUGCUCUCAUUCAUAAUUUAUUUCUUUUUAAUUGUUUUCUGAGGGGGUCAAUAGGGGCUUUAAAGGGUUUUUAAGCACAUUUCUCAUGUUGUGUGUGUGGAGAUUUCAUGUGUAAGAGUGUUUUAAAUGAAUGAGUGCUUAGUUUUUGAAAAUAUUUUGCAUCUCACACCUUAAAAAAUGCAAAUUUUGCCAGAAUUCCCAGGGAUUAAGACACACGUUCACAAUAAACAACUAUUUAGUUUGUUUUUGAUUAUAAAGUAGCAAACCAACUAAAUAUUAAGUACCAAAUCGAUGCAAAGAAGUCUCUGCUAAACAGAAAUUAUUAUUAAUAUAAAGGGGGAACGAGCCAAGUUCAAUUUAAUUGAGGAGUAUAAUCUUGUCAUUUAAAUCUAUUUUCGGAAAGAAGAGCAUUAUGAAUACUAAUCUUGUGUUUAAGCAAAACUCUGCACUGUAAAUAUGAUGACAUCAAAGAUUAUCUUUAUGUUUUUGCACUUAUGUUUAAGGAAAAUUAAAAAGAAACCUAUCCAGUCUGCAUCAAUCUGAACUAAAAAGAAUGAGCCUGAAGCUGAGAAGUUUCUGCUGUAACGUCGGUCCUUGGUGGAUUAAUAAGAUGUGAUUAACGUGUGUGUCACAGAUUUUUAUUUGUGUUUUAUGACAGUAACUGUGUUGCCUACACAUUUCGCCAUACGGCUGCAGAAACAGCCUGUCACUUCAUUGCCUGCUUUUUUUUUAAACAGCCUCUCCCAAACCCGUUUCAUGCACUGACUUGACUUUUUCUGUGCUCUCUAGAUGUAACCGCUUUGGUGUUCAACUGAAAGUUGGAUAACUGUACUGUUAGUAAAGACUGUGAAUUUACUGUGGAUGUUUUUUUGUGGCAUGGAGAUUCCUUAAUAUAGUCUUAUUGACUCAAAAGUUUAUUUCCUUGUUUAUUUUUGUAAUUUAGAGCGUCUUGAUGGAUCAACCCUUUGUUUAUAUGUGCAGUAAUGAACCUCCCACGCUCACUGCAUCUUAUCCUUCUGAUAUUAGACUGUAGACUUUGAGUUCUGUCUAUUUAGUUUGUGAUGAGCUUUCAAUCAUGUCUUAAAGCUGAUUCUCGUACCAACAUGACUUACUCUGUAAUGAUGAGAAAAAAAUGCUUUCAGCUUCCUCCUUGUAUUAGUCUUUUGUACUUUCACUACAGAUGCUCGACCGCAGGCUUUAAAGGAAAUCUGUUUUGUACAUCCAUGUGCCAAGAGCUAGAAAUGGCUUAUUUGACUCGUAUGAUCAAAUUUGCUUGCAUAAAUAAAAUUCACUUGUGUACUUGUUAAUAAUUA